AUGCCACGGUUGUCUCUCACCUGUCCGCGCCGUGAUGUCGCCGCUGCAUGGGCCGCCGCCCUGGCAGCUGCUGUUGUGCCCGCUGCGCGAGGCUGGUCAUGGUCACCCUCGCCACCGCCAUCGGACGCAGACGUAGACGUAGACACCUGCGCAUGGUCUGGAGCUGGCAGCAGCUGCUCGGCCCUUCCGUUCCCGACCGACCUGCAGGAGCAGAGACGGGCGUUGAUCGAGUUUUUCGGGCCCCCCCACCGCCGCGAGGAUGAAUGGCUCCUCUCUGGGGGGGCGACGCCGCAAGCGGCAGAGGAGAUGCGCGGCCCGUUGGUGACGGACAACGUGCGCCGAGCAUGGCAUCAGCUGGCUGCGGACGGCACGACCUCCGAGACCAGCCUGCACGAGGUGCGCGCUCACUUCGCCUGGCGCUACCACACGCACCUCAAGUUGGUGCUGGGCGAUGCUGGAGCGGAGCAGGCUGCCAGGACGGUGCUCGAUGCGGUGGCAGGCGAUGCCUCUGCGGGCUGCGUGAGGGCCGGCCUGACGCUGAUCCUGGACGGCUCCCGCACGGCGGACGCGGUGCAGGCGCUGCGCGACUGCACGCAGUCCUGGCCGGGUGACUCCAUGGCGGCGCUGCGCUUGGGGCUGGCCCUAGUGGGCAUGGCCGGCGAUCCGCAGGGAGCCUUUGCACUGCUGCAGCCCCACGCGGAGCGUCAGGAGCCGCCGCCCGACGCGCUGGUGCUGGCCAUGUACGGCUUCCUCGCCGCAACUGGGCGCCUGGGCGCUGGGGCGCAGUCCCACGGCGUGCGGAGCUUCCAGAGGGGCGUCGAGACCGGCUCUGGGCACGGCGCCGUGGUCUGCGCGCUGUUCAGCCAGCGUCCACGGCGCGGUGCAGUUCGACGUGUGCCAGAGGGUCUUCGAGCUGGAGCGAGACCUCCUGUUCAAGCCUAG